AUGACGAUGAAGAAACAAGUGAUACUUGGAGUGAUGUUGCUUGCACUUUUCAUGAUGUUCAUGCACGCAAAACAAGUAGGAGCCACAAGGCUACUACGAACCACCGUCGAUAGUGAGAUUCGGUUUGUGUUCGAGUCGUUGCAGAAAGGUUCGGUUCCUGGUUCCGGUAGGAACGGUUGCUCACAUAUCCCCAAAGGCUCGGGAAAGUGCCACGGAUGA